UUAAACUUGGCUUUCUCAUGAUUUUUAAUUUCUCUCAUAAUACGAUAGUUAUGUUGUGGUAUAUUACUUAAACAAAGUAUUAAUACACAAUAAUAUUGCUGUAGCUAUGUUUGGAAAGCAUUUUUGGCAUGCUCAAGUAAUUUUGAUUUUUCAAUUUCAUUUUACUAAUACAGACUCUGCACAUGAUGUCGAUCGCUUAUUGACAGCAGCAGCAGACCAAUUCUAUCCAAUAAACUCCGCUAAAGCAACAGUUGACGAAAGCAAACCGAAAGAUGCUGAUGAUAUUAGAAGUUUUCAGCAAACUGAAAAGUCUCAGCGCAAGCGAAGAUCAGUAGACAUUAAAAAUUUCACUACUGAGUAUGACGAAGUAAAAUUAGUGAAAUAUUUAUUAAAUACUUACAAGAAAGAUGUUCGCCCUGUGUUGAAUAAAUCGGAUGCCGUGCAAAUUGUUUUCGGAAUGGCCUACACUCAAUUACUUGAUUUGGAUGAGAAGAAUCAGGUUCUUGUCAGUAAUGUUUGGAUUAGAAUGCUCUGGUAUAAUCACCUACUGAAAUGGAACAAAGAAGAUUUUGGAGGCAUUGAAAGUAUCAAUAUAGAUCCAAAAAAAAUAUGGCUACCUGAUAUUGUUCUAUACAACAAUGCCGAAGAAACACUUGGUAGCGGUCAAAUGGAUCAAUUUAGAACAAAAGUUAUUCUCCGUCACGACGGUCUAAAUAAAUGGUAUGCUCCGACGAUAUUAAAAAGUCGUUGCGCUAUAAACGUCGAAUAUUUUCCUUUUGACGAUCAAAAAUGCACCUUAAAGUUCACCAGUUGGACAUAUGAUGGAUUUCGUGUGAAUAUCACCAACAAAUCAUCCAACGCCGAUCUUGCAUCGUACUUAGAAAGUGGAGAAUUUGAACUGUUAUCUGCAGAAGCUAUGAGAGAAGAAGCCAUCUACACUUGUUGCACGGAGCCCUAUCCGUAUGUAUUAUUUACAAUUCACAUCAAAAGAAAAACUUUAUUUUAUUUCAACAAUCUGAUCGUUCCUUGUUUUCUCAUCACCACACUCGGUUUGUUGACAUUUGUGUUGCCACCAGCAACAGGCGAACGAAUAACAUUAGUUAUCACGACGUUACUUGCAAUGACGGUAUUCAUGCUGAUGAUAGCAGAGAGAACUCCAACCACAUCUAAGAUAACACCAUUGAUUGGCAAAUAUUUUAUCGCUUCAAUGGUUAUUAUUAGUUUGUCGUUAAUAGCAACGUGCAUUGUUUUGAAUUUGUAUGAAUGUAAUCGUUCUGUUGAUUCUGUGCCAAAGUUUUUCAAGGUUUUUCUUAUCGAUUACAUGGCGCCUUUGCUCAGAGUUGACCAACCGCGCCAAAGGACGGUGCGUACACUUGUCCAGCCAGUUGACACAGUAAUACGUAGCGAUGAUAGAAAAGAUGGCGUAACCACAGGAAUAAGAGCGUCUGAUGAAAACUGGAAUUUUUAUCACAAUGGAAGUGAAACAUGUAUUCGUCAAAGACAUUUGACGUCGUUACCAAGGGAGAUAUCAGACGGCAUUUCGGUUCUUGGAGAAAGAGCACGGCAGCAAGAUAAGUUUGAAGCUUUAGCAGAAGAGUGGCAAGCUGUUGCGAAAGUUGCAGAUCGCGUGUUUUUGAUUUUUUUUCUUCUGGCAAUUGCUAUUACAACGGGGUGUAUUUUUAUGAACGGAUAGAAUGUAGGUGAUUUGUACUUCAAAUAAAAUAUCACUAACAAGUUAUAUAAACAUAAA